AUGGCGGCAGUGGAGCACCAUCAUUCCUCAGGGUUGCCCUACUGGCCCUACCUCAUGGCUGAAACUUUAAGAAAAAGGAUGGGCCACAAGCCAACUCCUCCACCUCAGUGUGAUCUGAGAGGUCAACCACAUCCAUCAGUUAAAGGGUGUCUGAGACUGCUGACUCUUUCUCGACUACAGUGUCUACUAGGACCUCAACCACAUUCAACAACUGAUGAUUUUCUGAGAAGAGAGACACCUCAAGACGAGUGUGCCCUGGGACCUGAACCACUUCCUCGAGCUAAUGAUUUUCCGAGACUCAAGACACCUCCCGAGGGUCUUUUCAUACCAAUUUCCCCUUUUCCAGUUGAUGAUUCUCUGAGCCUCAAGACACCUCCCGAGUGUCUUCUGGUACCCCUUCCACCUUCUCCAGUUGAUGAUUUUCUGAGACCACAAACACCUCCCGUCCAGUGUCACCUGAGACCUAUACCAUUUCAUCAAGCUGAUGAUAUCAGGAGACUCAAGAAACCUCCUGACUGUUUUUUUGCACCCUUUCAACCUUCUCCAGUUGAUGAUUCUCUGAGUCUGAAGACACCUCCCGAGUGUCUUCUGGUACGCCUUCCACCUUCUCCAGUUGAUGAUUUUCUCACACCACAGGCACCUCCCAUCGAGCGUCGUUGCCUGGGACCUGUAGCAUUUCCUCGAGCUGAUGAUUUUAGGAGACCCAAGGAACCUCCUGACUGUUUUUUCGUACCACUUCCACCUUCUCCAGUUGAUGAUUCUCUGAGCCUGAAGACACCUCCCGAGUGUCUUCUGGUACUCCUUCCACCUUCUCCAGCUGAUGAUUUUCUGAGACCACAAACACCUCCCGUCCAGUGUCACCUGAGACCUGUACCAUUUCCUCGAGCUGAUGAUAUCCGGAGACUCAAGAAACCUCCUGACUGUUUUUUCGCACCGCUUUCACCUUCUCCAGUUGAUGAUUCUCUGAGCCUGAAGACAUCUCCCGAGUGUCUUCUGGUACACCUUCCACCUUCUACAGUUGAUGAUUUUCUCACACCACCAGCACCUACCAUCAAGCGUCGUCACCUGGGACCUAUAGCAUUUCCUCGAGCUGAUGAUUUUAGGAGACCCAAGGAACCUCCCGACUGUUUUUUCUUACCACUUCCACCUUCUCCAGUUGAUGAUUCUCUGAGCCUGAAGACACCUCCUGAGUGUCUUCUGGUACCCCUUCCACCUUCUCCAGUUGAUGAUUUUCUCAUACCACAGGAACCUCCCAUCAAGCGUCGUCACCUGGGACCUGUAGCAUUUCCUCGAGCUGAUGAUAUCGGGAGACUCAAGAAACCUCCUGACUGUUUUUUCACACCCCUUCCACCUUCUCCAGUUGAUGAUUCUCUGAGCCUGAAGACACCUCCCAAGUGUCUUGUGGUACCUCUUCCACCUUCUGCAGUUGAUGAUUUUCUCACACCAAAAACACCUCAACUACAGUGUCACCUGAGACCUGUACCAUUUCAUCGAGCUGAUGAUAUUAGGAGACUCAAGAAACCUCCUGACUGUUUUUUCACACCCCUUCCACCUUCUCCAGUUGAUGAUUCUCUGAGGCUGAAGACACCUCCUGAGUGUCUUCUGGUACCCCUUCCACCUUCUCCAGUUGAUGAUUUUCUCACACCACAGGCACCUCCCAUCAAGCGUCAUCACCUGGGACCUGUAGCAUUUCCUCGAGCUGAUGAUUUUAGGAGACCCAAGGAACCUCCCAACUGUUUUUUCUUAUCACUUCCACCUUCUCCAGUUGAUGAUUCUCUGAGCCUGAAGACACCUCCUGAGUGUCUUCUGGUACCCCUUCUACCUUCUCCAGUUGAUGAUUUUCUCACAUCAGAGGAACCUCCCAUCAAGCGUUGUCGCCUGGGACCUGUAGCAUUUCCUCGAGGUGAAGAUAUCAGGAGACUCAAGAAACCUCCUGACUUUUUUUUUGCACCCCUUGCACCUUCUCCAGUUGAUGAUUUUCUCACACCACCAGCACCUCCCAUCAAGCGUCAUCACCUGGGACCUGUAGCAUUUCCUCAAGCUGAGGAUUUUAGGAGACCCAAGGAACCUCCCGACUGUUUUUUCUUACCCCUUCCACCUUCUCCAGUUGAUGAUUUUCUCACAUCAGAGGAACCUCCCAUCAAGCGUUGUCGCCUGGGACCUGUAGCAUUUCCUCGAGCUGAUGAUAUCAGGAGACUCAAGAAACCUCCUGACUGUUUUUUCGCACCCCUUCCACCUUCUCCAGUUGAUGAUUCUCUGAGCCUGAAGACACCUCCCGAGUGUCUUCUGGUACCCCUUCCACCUUCUCCAGUUGAUGAUUUUCUCACACCACCGGCACCUCCCAUCAAGCGUCGUCACCUGGGACCUGUAGCAUUUCCUCAAGCUGAUGAUUUUAGGAGACCCAAGGAACCUCCCGACUCUUUUUUCUUACCCCUUCCACCUUCUCCAGUUGAUGAUUUUCUCACAUCACAGGAACCUCCCAUCAAGUGUUGUCGCCUGGGACCUGUAGCAUUUCCUCGAGCUGAUGAUAUCAGGAGACUCAAGAAACCUCCUGACUGUUUUUCUGCACCCCUUCCACCUUCUCCAGUUGAUGAUUCUCUGAGCCUGAAGAAACCUCCCAAGUGUCUUGUGGUACCUCUUCCACCUUCUGCAGUUGACGAUUUUCUCACACCAAAAACACCUCAACUACAGUGUCACCUGAGACCUGUACCAUUUCAUCGAGCUGAUGAUAUUAGGAGACUCAAGAAACCUCCUGACUGUUUUUUUGCACCCCUUCCACCUUCUCCAGUUGAUGAUUCUCUGAGCCUGAAGACACCUCCCGAGUGUCUUCUGGUACCCCUUCCACCUUCUCCAGUUGAUGAUUUUCUCACACCACAGGCACCUCCCAUCGAGCGUCGCCUGGGACCUGUAGCAUUUCCUCGAGCUGAUGAUUUUAGGAGACCCAAGGAACCUCCCGAGUGUUUUUUCGCACCCCUUCCACCUUCUGCAGUUGAUGAUUCUCUGAGCCUGAAGACACCUCCCGAGUGUCUUCUGGUACCCCUUCCACCUUCUCCAGUUGAUGAUUUUCUCACACCACAGGCACCUCCCAUCGAGCGUCACCUGGGACCUGUAGCAUUUCCUCGAGCUGAUGAUUUUAGGAGACCCAAGGAACCUCCCGAGUGUUUUUUCACACCCCUUCCACCUUCUCCAGUUGAUGAUUCUCUGAGCCUGAAGACACCUCCCGAGUGUCUUCUGGUACCUGUUCCACCUUCUCCAGUUGAUGAUUUUCUGAGACCACAAACACCUCCCGUCCAGUGUCACCUGAGACCUGUACCGUUUCAUCAAGCUGAUGAUAUCAGGAGACUCAAGAAACCUCCUGACUGUUUUGACCGUUUUUUGUUUUGUUUUCUUUUGUGUUUGUUUUUUGUUUUAUUUUUAUUGUGUUGGAGGAAGGCGUCUGUUAUGUUGUUGAUUCUCUUUAUUCAUCAUUUUUGCAACACAUAAAUUCAUUUAAGUAUUGAUUGUGCACCUAUCAUAUGAUAAGCAUUUUUUCAUCACUCCCCCACUCCCAGAACCCUAAGCUUUUCUCACUGUUAGAACUGCUGGUUUAUUUGUAUUUCAGUCACUUUGACUAUAAACUCCUUGAGUGUAGGUGCUUAGAUUUUUUUCACUGCUUAGCCCCCAAUGCCUGUAUAGAGUAAGCUCUUUUUUUUUUUUUUUUUUUGUACCAAAUGCCCAAUGGCCAAUUUAUUCUGUUUCAGUAACAACUAGGCAUCAUUUUCAAAGGGCCAUAUACUGACAACAGACUGCCCAGAAAUUAUCUCCCUAUGUAGGAAAACUACAGAAGACAAGUUCUUGGACUUUUAAUGCCCAUUACAGUAGCCAUUAAUGACAGGUGACUACCGAGCCUUGAAAUGCAAUAGUCCAAAUUGAGAUGUGCUAUAAGCUUAAAUUACACACCACAUGUCAAAGCCAUAAGACCAAAAACUGUAAAAGAGUCUAGUAAUUUUAUAUUUAUUAUAUAUUGAAAUGAUAUUUGGUAUUUUAGAUAUAUUGAGUUAAAUAAAAGUUAAAUUCA